CGAGGGCGACGAGGGGGUCUCGUGACCGCGUACGAUAUCAAGAGAUUGAGGACAAAGAAACGAGCGAAUCGAGGUGUCAAUGAUGCGAAGCUCUGAUUGUCUAUCCAACCAUCAACGUUGAUCGCGAUUUCCGAUCCUAUGUUGCUCCCUCCAAUUGUCAAUUGAGGUCGUGUGCUCCAGGACACGUGGAAAUUGAACGGCUUUUGUACGAAUAACACGCUUAACUGACCAACGCCCAAACUACCUCAAGUUUCGCUUCUAACAUUUCCUACCAAGUUCUAGACGAUGUUAGGGUCUGUUACGUUGGAAUAAAAAUUGCAUCGUUUACGAAAUGCGUCUACAAUUACGGUGCACGCGAUUUCGAGACGAAGAUUAUAGUGGCAUAAGGAACGCGAGUUAAUUAAACGGUAUUUUGCACCUGUCGCGCGAACCUCCUUCAAUUUCGAAUCGACUCUAUAUUUUUCUUACAUUUAUUACCCCUGUAUUUAUGCUAAAUUUUCUGUUCUCUUCGAAUCGGAAGUCUUUUAAUCCUGUAAUUAGCAAUGCCUGAACGAAGAAAAACGUUUUCAUUGCCGUUCGGCUGAGUAAGAUAAGUGGAAUGCGCGACAUAAAGUACAAUUUUGAUUAAUCGUUGAUUCGAAGAGGUACUAAACGCGUGGCCAAUUUACUUGAAGCCGCGUGCAUAUAAAUCCCUUGAAUCACCGACGGCGAUACAGUCUAUUGUUUUCGAUCGUGGCAAAGCGCAAACUGAUCAGUAAGAAACAUGAACGCAUCGAAGCUUUGGCUGCUCUUAACGUGCCUCGUCGCCUCGGGAAUUAUUCUAAUUCAUGCUGGCUCGGCUGAUCCCGACGAUUUUCGAAAAAUGACCGCUGGCGUGAGGAAGAAAUGUAUCGCGGAAACGCAAACGACGCUCGAGGAUGUUGAAAACACUGAAUACGGACACUUUCCCAAUGACGUACGAUUAAAAUGCUACUUCAAAUGUGUCCUCGAAAAGUUUAAAUUGAUGGACAAAGACGGUACCAUAAAAUACAAUAUGAUUAAAAAAAUCAUACCGGACGUUUACAGAGAAGUAGCCGAUGAGAUGAUCGAUAGUUGUACCGAUAGCUCCAAAAUUGACAAGUGCCAGAAAUCCUUUAAUUUUAUGAGGUGCAUGUUCGAAGUUAAUCCCAUAGCUUUUAUCGCACCAUAAUGAUUGCUCGUGACGAGUUUGUAUAAUUAGAAAAUAUAAUGAAAUAAAACUAUUGUAGAUUAUAAAGCAUA